CACGAAUUUAGAUUAAAGAAAAACCAGCAUAGAGAAAGAAUGUCGAGACUUAGCAUAUGUUUGUUUGUCUUGUUAUGUGCGUUUGCAGCCAAAGUAGCCGCUCAAUCUGCGACCAACGUAAGAUCAACUUACCAUUUCUACAAUCCUGCCCAAAAUGGCUGGGAUCUUUACCGAGUAAGUGCGUAUUGCUCCACGUGGGAUGGAAAUCAAUCGCUUGAGUGGCGUCAAAGGUAUGGCUGGACAGCUUUCUGCGGUCCCGUUGGACCGCGCGGUCGUGAUUCUUGCGGUAGAUGCUUAAGGGUGACGAAUACUGCGACUGGAACGCAAGCGACUGUGAGGAUUGUGGAUCAAUGUAAUAACGGGGGUUUGGACUUAGACGAGGGCGUUUUCAGACAGCUUGAUACUAACGGUAUGGGGUACGCUCGUGGAAACUUAAUUGUCAACUACGAGUUUGUCAACUGUUGAAGAUGUUCAAGUUCAAGUUUAUGUAAUAAUACUUUCUCAUGUCAUCUCCGUACGUAUGACUACCUUCAUUUAAUAAUGUAAGAAAAGAAAGUAAAUGUCUCCAGUUUUAUCUUUCAUAAUAAAAUCAUAUUGUAAUAAAAUCAGACAUUACCAAAUCCAACUUUGUUUUCUGA